GAUCUCAUCAUAUCGUGUCACUCGCGCUAGUCACGCUAGAUCGAGUGCUAGUGAUCCAUCGAUAUUCGAUACAUAUAUAUAGAGAGAGAGAGAGAAAUCGUGUGUAGGUACGUAGCUGAGGAGGAUGCCUCAGACCCCUUCGACGCGGUGGUGCCCGACGCCGGAGCAGCUGAUGAUCCUGGAGGAGAUGUACAGGAGCGGCGUGCGAACGCCCAACGCGGCAGAGAUCCAGCAAAUCACGGCGCACCUCGCCUACUACGGCCGCAUCGAGGGCAAGAACGUCUUCUACUGGUUCCAGAACCACAAGGCCCGCGAGCGCCAGCGCCUCCGCCGCCGCCUCUGCGCGCGGCACCAGCAGCAACCCUCACCGCCCUCCUCCACGGUGCCUCCGGCUCCCACUGCUGCUGCUGCCGGUGCCGUCGUGCAGGUGCACCCCGCGGUGAUGCAGCUACACCACCACCACCACCACCAUCACCCAUACGCUGCGGCCGCCGCUGCCCAAAGUCAUCACCUGCAGCAGCAGCAGCAGCAGCAAGCUGAGUGGCCGGCGGCGGUGGACUACUGCAGCACUGCAUCGGCGUCAGCGUCGGCAACUGCUGCUGACAUGGCGAUCCCGCCGUGCUGCCGGCCGCUGAAAACGUUGGAGCUGUUCCCGACCAAGAGCACCAGCGGCGGCCUCAAGGAAGAUUGCUGCAGCAGCUCCAAGUCCUCCUCUUGCUCCACCUCCACCAAUUAAUUACUAGCAGAGAGUAAUCCUACUUCCACUCUAAGCUAGCUAGCUGCUAAUCACUUAGAUCUAUCGAUUUAAUUUGUUUCUGCGGCCAUAUGCGUUAAUUCGUACGUACGUACGUGUGUGCCACUGCCAAUAUGCAUGCCACAUGUGUGUCGGCAUAUCGUUCGUUUCGUUAUCGCUUCCUCGAUCGAUUACAUAUUUGAUAUUGUUCUUAAAUUAGUUUUAGCUAUCUAGGUUAGUCAAUUUCCCUCGACUCUUUAUGUAAUCUGAUGAGCUAGCUUAGCUUCUUUGUGUACCAAUGGACUUUGCUGAUCAAUUAUCUAUAUAUCGCUUGCUGUUGAUUGA